AAUUCAGGAAUCUGUUUCUUUUUUCUUUCUCUUCUUUCUUUUCAAACGCAAGAAAAACAAUUAAUACACACAUUCGUUAUAUACACAACGCACUCAUAAGAUCAGUAUCGAAUAAAUGGACUUGGUGGCCGGAACACCCGUGUUUCUCGAAGAAAUCGUGAGCAAGGAGCCAGCGUUUGUAGGCCACACUGUGCGCAUAACAGGAACACUGCACUCAUACAGCCCGACAACUGACGGGCCAUUAUCCGCCCUGAUUGUGCGCACACAGCUCCUCGGCGUUGUGCAGUACCACGUCGGACAGACAUACCAGUUCAUUGGGGUUGUUGGCUCAAGAACCGCCAUCAAUGAUGGCAAAGAUGAGAAGGACGAGGGCUUGAUGGUCGAUGAUGCGCAGUGUGCGAGGACCGUUGAGCUGCAUGCUCGCGUUGGGCGCGUAGUUGAUGGGCUGGAUAUGGCCGUGUAUCGCCGCGCCGUGGCUGCGCUGAGGGCUGCUGACGUCGUCGAUGCCAUUGCAUGAGUGCUCCUUUUUUUCUUUGUGUGCAUUUGGGCCCCGUGGGAAAAAAAUAUCGUCGGGCGUUCGUCGACAACACAUGAUCUCGUGCGCGAAGCGAAUCGAUUUGAUCUUUUGUUAUACUAGCGGCAGAAGCAAAGCAGAAGAAAGAAGAAAAAAGAAAAGCAGAAGCAGAAAGCUAAUUCGAGCUCAGUGGCGCUCCUCUUUAUUUUGGCAGUGUGGGAACAUUGUGCACACAAGUACAACGCAUAUAUGCGCCGAUACAAGGAACAAGUCAGAGCAGGCAGAGAUGCAAGCAGACGAUGGCAUAAGUAUAAAGCCACGCCUUGCCGCCUCUGGCCCCGGUUCUUCGCCCCUCGUUUCAU